AUGUGCAUUUUCUCAGAUUUCCCAUCAAAAACUCCAGUGACUGAAAGGGCUAAAUUGAUUUCCUUGCCAACUAGUAAAAACUGGACCUUCGGACCCCAGGACAUCGAUGAACUGAUCUUUUUGCUAAGCGACAGCCCUGGGGUCAUGUGCCGGCCGUCCCGAGUCAUGCAGAUGUUUGCCUCCAGAGCCUGUCGGAAGUCGGUGAUGAUUGGGACUGCUCUGAACACAAGCGAGAUGAAGAAACUGAUCACCCACAUGGACCACCCCUGGAAUUGUCCCCAUGGAAGGCCAACCAUGAGACACAUAGCCAACCUGGGUGUCAUUUCGCAGAACUGACAGUAGUCACUGUAUGGAAUCAUCGGUUUUAUUGCAGAUUUUUAUGUUUUGAAAGACAGGGUCUUCACUAACCUUUUUUGUUUUCAAAUGAACCUGCUACUUAAAAAAAAAAAUACACAUCAGACCCAUUUAAAAGUGAUCUUGAGAACCUUUUCAAACCAGA